GGCCCAGAACUAGGCUUCCAUAUACAUACCCUUGCCUGGGGUAAAGGGUAGAACCUCGGCUCUGAUUACAGAGUCAUUCUCCCAAAACAACUGUAUCUCACAGGAACUAGCACUGGUCAUUCCCUGAAAAAAGUUCCAUGCUCCUCAUGGCACCAAAAAUAAAACCCAGAGUUUCCCAUAAGGCUGCUGAAAGCUUGGUUUUGAUGACUCCUUCCCCACCCAUCACACACAUCUGUGUCUUCCUUAGUUCGGUCUACCUAGCUCCUGCUCCUUGAUGUCCUUUAUAUUGGCAGACUCUUUGGUCUAAAGUGCCCCUCCUCAGUGGACUUAGAUGAAUUGGAUCCAGUUGCAUAACGAUGUCAGCCACAUGUGUUGUUGUUGUUGUUGUUUUUCGAGACAGGGUUUCUCUGGGUAACAAUGCUGGCUGACGUGGAACUCACACAGAUCCGCCUGCCUAUGCCUCUCGGGUGCUGAGAUUAAAGGCCUGCGCCACCACCGCCCGGCUCAGCCACAUCUGUUAAAGACUCCCAUCUCUCAACUGAACUUAUGGCCCUCAUGCUCCUAUAUUUUCCCGUCUGCUGAUAGGUCCAGUCUGUCUCGUUAGACUCCACCUUUGAUUAUGGAAUAGUCUUGGGGGAAAGGCUCUGAAUAUUCUGGCCAAAGAGCAGUUUUUCUUUUCCAUUUCCGCACGAAACCUAUUGGCUGGUGGUGCUGGGAAGUGGAGCUGUAGACCAUAGCCCCGCAAUCCCCACUAGAGGGCGGUCCAGCCUACCUCGGCUCAGACCCGGCUAGAAGGAUGCCGGAGGGGAUUUAGCCGUGGCCCUUCCCUUACUGCCUGCCUUAAGGCUCUUUGCAGGGUAGUCACCGCACGGAAUCUCAGUCCUAUCAUUAUCAAGGAUUGUCAAGGCCAGCCUUGACAGACCCCGAGUGGGUCACAUCUGGUCAGAUCAGACGAUCGGGCGCAGUGCCCACACGUGGGCGUCGCUUCGGGGGCCCCAGUACUGGAGACCGCUAUUUCACCAGGGAACAAAUUGAAAAGCUGAGACCACUGGACGAACGCGCGGGGGCGGGAGGAGGUCGUGUCUGUCCUGCGUCACGCAGGGUCAGCUAAACCUUUGGAGACACUAGGGGGUCCUGAACUGCCCUAGUGUCUCCCGAGGUGCUACAACCGGGCUGCUCAGCAGUGCGGGGCUGGAGGGCGGGGCUCAAAAGGGUAGGACAUCUUCAGCCCGCCCCGCCUCCAUUGGCUGGGGCGCCGGAGGCGGGGCGGGGCGCGGCUGCCAGAUGUUGGGGCGGCAGCGGCGGGAGCUACCGAGAGCGAGGAGCCUGGAAGUAAGGCGAGGGUGAGGACGCCGCUGGCGGGCCGACCUGGCCCACUCCGCGCUGCUUCCGCGGGUGAUCGAGCCGGACGACCUGGAGAGGGCUGCAGCACCCGCGCUAACAUGCACAGCGCUCGGCUUGACAGCUUCCUGAGCCAGCUCCGCUGGGAACUGUUGUGUGGUCGAGACACAGGCUCACCUCCAGUGCCUGGCCCAUUGCAACCAAAACCCAAAACUGAUCCAAGUGUACAGCCCAACCGCCAGUUCAGGGCCUCAGAUGCUCUGGAAGAGGACUCCGUCUGCUGUGUGGAAGAGGAGGAGGAAGAGGAAGCCUUGGUAGCUGAAGACAGGGGUGUACCCUUGGGAUGUCCUAGGGAACAUGCCCUAGACUGGGACUCUGGCUUUUCAGAGGUGUCAGGCAGUACAUGGCGAGAGGAAGAGCUGUCUGUAGCCCGGCGUCAAGCACCCUCAGAACGGCCACCUCAGAGCCAGCGUUUCUCAGUCAGUGACCUCCCCCUGCGCAGCAGGGCAGCUGCAACUGGUAUAACACCUGCCCACCGUCCGAGGCCCAAGUCCACUCCAGAUGCUUGCCUGGAACACUGGCAGGGAUUGGAAGCAGAGGACUGGACGGCAGCCCUGCUGAACAGGGGCCGUAGUAGGCAGCCCCUGGUACUAGGGGAUAACUGUUUUGCUGAUUUAGUUCACAAUUGGAUGGAGCUGCCUGAGGCAGCCAGUGAGGGGAGUGAUGGAGGUGUACCCCGAGCCCGUGCUCGACCCCCUCAGUUCCUGCUUGGCCUCUCUGAGCAGCUUCGGCGUCGGCUGGCCAGGGCUCGCCGGGCAGCUAUGGCAGGAAAGCGACUGUCAUGCCCACCUCGUCCAGAACCUGACCUGCCUGCGGACAUCUCACGAUUUGCAGCCCUCAUGAACUGUCGCAGCCGCCAACCUAUCAUCUAUAAUGAUGUCAGCUACCUCUGACCCUGCCCUCCAGCCAGGGACAAUAAAGGCCUUUUUCUAGAA